CUAACAGAGCAGUAAGACACCAUGGCUGCUUUCAGAUGGAUUCAAAUCUUUUUACUUCUGAUCCUCAUGCUUCAGUUUAAUGCACAAACUGAGACGCAGCAAACCUUCGUUACUGUCAGAGGUGGAGAUGAAGUCACUUUACCUUGUGGAAACAGAAGAGACACAGAUGAUGAAUAUGAUAAAACUACUUGGAUCUUCAAUGAUAGACAUAGAUCUGAAACAAGAACACUGGUCAAACUUGGAAAUAAUCACAGAGAAAUGAAAACUAUAUCAGACAGACUGAGUGUUACAGCAAACGGUUCUCUGCAUCUACAUAAAGUCACAGAGUAUGAUGCUGGCCGGUACGUCUGCAGUUGGAUCAAUUCAGGACAAGAACAUGACUUUCAAGUGUUUCUAUCUUUAAUUACUAUUGUUGAACAGGAGAACCCAGAUAACGUCGCUCUGUUCUGCACUGUGUUGGAUUAUGAGCGCUGUCUUCAUGAGGUGAAGUGGCUUCAUGAGGGGAACGAGGAAAAACCCUCAGAUAUGGAAAUAAACCCACAUUCCUGCUCUGCCACUGUGACAUUUCCAACAUCUCAUCAGAAAUUAGACAUUUAUCCGUCACUAACAUGUAAAAUCACAAACUCAGUCACUAAAGCAGUUCAGCUGAUCCCCUUCAGUCCUCAGUCCUCAGGAGAAAAUCAAAGAAAAACAACUAAAGGAGUAGAAAAAACAACCAACUCAGCAGAUUUUACAUCAACAAGUUUUCCAUGGUGGUAUAUUUUUAUUCCCUUAUGCUUACUGAUGGUUUUAAUAACCGUCCUGGUGAUCAUCAGGUGGAACAAAACUAAAGGAAAUAAAACACAAAUUGAAGGCAUCCAGGUUCCCCAACAUAAAGAGGCAACAAAGCAGGAGCUGAAUCCGGAGUCUUCAGUGGGCUCAGCUGUUCCAGAAACCAGUCAAAAUACAACUGAACCAGAGGACGGUCUGUCUUACGCCUCCAUCAACUUCAAGAAAUCCAAAAAGAAAACAGGCAAUGUCGCUGACACUGUGAUCUACAGCAGUGUGGGAACUUCUUCCUCUUCUGCUGGAGUCUCUUCUGACACAGACUGCCUUUAUUCUACAGUCAACAUAAAAUAGAAAAAGCAUUAAAAGUUUUAUAGCUUGAGCAAAGACUCAACGUGCCAAGGUCGAGUCUUCAGUGCAGCGGCUCUCAACUCCCAGCACCAGAAUCUGAUGUAUAUUCUUCUCUCCUCUCUGUCCAGCAAAGCAAUGGUUAAAAACAGAGAAGGACAAACUCAGGUCAAAAACAAAUAUUUUGACUUGAUUUCUGUUUUUGUUUUUUUUGUUUUUUGCUUUCGCUACAGAUUAUAGACAGGUCAGAAUAUAACUAAUAUCUUUUUACACCCAAGUGUGACUAAAUAUAUGCUGUAAAUACUGCUCCUAGUGGUGAAACAAGUAUAAUUUUCUCUAACAUACCAGGAUUUAAUGGUUUUUGUCACAGAUAUAAACUAAAUAAUAUGUUGGUUAGCUCUCCAGAGGAGAUUUGUCGCUCUCUAAAAGAAAAUAUUGAAGCUUGUAGUCGUCAGUGCUUUCCUAGCCUGGAUGGUGUGAGAAAAUCCGACUGCCCAGAUCGAACAAAGUUAGAUUAAGUAUGUUACUGCUUGCCAUAUAACAGUGAAAUGCAAUGGAGAAGAAGUGAUGAGGCCAAAGCAGCUGCAGUCAUAACAUGAAUAAUCUGCAGCAGAGACAUCAGAUGAUUCAGUUCUGAAAAGUGAAGUUUCCAGUUUGUAGCUCAUCCUGCAUGAUGCUAUAGAGACUCUUUCAGCGAGUUGCUCAUGUGUCAUCUGACUCUUAUUCCUGCUGUCUAAGGAAACUUGCAGAGUUAAAAAAGGAAACCAACAGAUCUCAGAUCAGUCAAACACUCUGUGUUUUGUAGCAGCAGUUUAUCAGUAUGUAACAUUGCAGUCUGAGGUAAUAAUAAGACUUCACUCUACUGGCCACAUCUGUUAAUAAAUAAUAUAACUGAGAAAUACAGCUGGGAAAUCUUCACAGUCAAGUUCCUCAAUUUUAUGCUGAAUGAAAAUGUGUUCUUCCCCUGCUGGUCUUGGGAAAUCAUGAAGCAAAAAUAGCUAAAUGUGUCUCAACCCAGCGGCCAUGACAGGUGAAACCAGGGAAGUAGUGAUGGCUCAUCAUAGCUUCAUUCAUUGCUCACUAGUGACAUCUGCUGGCAGACUGAAACCAUGACAGCUUGUCACUCUAAUAAACCAGACUUUAACUGUAUUAGACCAUAGCAAUGUAUUGCCACGAUAAAGUUUUUGUGUCGCUGCUGUCCAGUAACAGUAAGAUCUAUUCAACCAUAUUUUACUGUGUCAAAUCUUUUCAGUUCUUAAAAUGAUUUAUACUCAAAGUAAUUUUGCUGAUAUGUUGACAGUCAGUUGUGGUUGUGCUUUAUGUCACAGGCUGAUUUGACAAUAAAGAAUUUGGUGUUUUAUCA